AUGUCUGACCCCAGUUCCAUCAACGGUGGCUCCGCCGUCGCCAUGGUCGGCAAAGAAUGUAUAGCAAUUGCGUCCGAUCUCAGACUAGGAAACCAGUCGCUCGGAUUGUCCAAUAACUUCGAAAAGGUGUUCCAGUUUGGCGACAAAACCUUCCUUGGUCUCACUGGUCUUGCCACAGACGUGCUCACGCUUAAAGAGGAUUUCCGUCUCAAGAACAACUUGUACAAGUUGAGGGAAGAAAGGGAAAUUGAGCCCACGACAUUGGCCAACUUGGUUUCGCUGUCGUUGUACGAGAAGCGUUUCGGUCCUUUCUUCGUGGGCCCCAUUGUUGCUGGAUUGGAGCUGAAAACCAACAAGCCGUUCAUUUGCGGCUUUGACUUGAUUGGCUGUAUCGACGCUGCCAAAGACUUUAUUGUUUCUGGUACUGCCAGUGACCAGCUCUACGGUAUGUGUGAGUCGCUCUACGAGCCGGACUUGGAGCCUGAGGACUUGUUUGAGACCAUUUCGCAGGCGCUUUUGAACGCCGUCGACAGAGACGCCUUGUCCGGUUGGGGUGCUGUCGUUUACAUUGUCACGAAGGAUAAGGUCACCAAGCGUGUGCUCAGGACCCGCCAGGACUAG